AUGCCAUUUUUAAAUAAUAUACAAAAUGUAAGGAAAUUCGCUUUUCAGUUAAAUGACACGAUUUUUUUGUGCAAACUAAAGGGGUAUCACACUGAUGUAUUUUAUAAUACGUCGUCAAUCUUUUUUAAUACAAAUAACUUAAAAAAAAGGUAUUUGAGUACAUUAAAAAAUAAAAGAAAUAAAAAAAAGUUAUCAUUAUUUUCAAAAUGUAUAAAACGUGAGCACGAUACAAAAGUAGGAAAUAUAAUAAAUUUGAGAAAGAGAAAAUGGGGGCGUCCUUAUAAAGUUCAUAUAGAUUUGUUAAAUGAAGAAAUAAAAUGUAUAGAAAAAAAAAUUAAUGAGAGAAACUUAAUUAAAAAUGACACUGGAGACAUAUCUCUAACACAAUUUAAAUAUCCAAGUCAAAAACUUUAUAAAGCAAAGGAAGAAGAAAUAAAAUUAAUAAGAAAAAGUGAGGGGCAAUACUAUUUACCAUUAGAAUGUGAAAAUAGUACUAUUGUAAGAAUUAUUAAUAUAAAGAAUAAAAUAUCGUCACCCAUAUUACGGUGUGUACGUAAUAGUAAAUUUGGAUUGAGAGAAAAGGAAAAAAGGUUUUUUUUUUUUUAUUCAUCCUUUAUUUGUUCCUUUUUUUUUUUAAUGGGUGUAUGGCAAUAUAAAAAAGUUAACAAAAAGAGAUUUUUAAUUAAUUAUAUAUUAGGUAACAUAAACAAGCCAAUUAUAGAUAUUAAUGACUCCGAUUUUCCAUGGUUUCAUGAUUAUUUGAUGUUAAAAGAAAAAAUUGAAGAAUUAAAUAAGGAUUUGGAAUUAUAUGAAAAAGAAAAUGAAUCAAAAAUAAAUAAUGAUAUAACCCAAGCAAUUGCGAGUGUUUUUGAAUUUUGGGAAAAAGUGAAAACAUUUUGGAAGGAGGAAUUUAAAAAGAAGGAAAGCAAAAGCAACAAUCAAAACAAUAAUAAUGACUCUAUUAAUGGUGCUAAAAAUGAACAAAAUGAAGAUAAUUUAUAUAAUAAUAUAAAUGAAAAUGAUACAGACCUAUUAACUAUUGAUUUUGAAAAUAUAAAAAAUAUCCAUGAUUGGAUUAUUCGAAUAAGAAAUGAAAAUUUUUUUUCCAGAUUUAUUAAAAGAAAAAUAAUGAAAAAUAAUAUAACUGAAGAAGAGUUGAAAAAGCUAGCUAUAGAAAAGUAUAAAUAUAGAAAGGUACAGUUAACAGGAGUAUUAGAUACAAGUAACAAUUUUUAUAUAGGGCCUAAAUUUCAUGAGCAUAACAAAAAAAAAAAAUAUUAUUAUGUUAUUUGCCCAUUAUUUUUAAAAGAUGGAAAAUGCAUAUUAGUGAAUCGAGGGUUAAUAGCACAAGAAAUACUAAAGGAAAAUAUAAGUGAAAAUCCUAAAAUUGUUACAAUUAGAGGAAUAUUAGAUCCAGGUGAAUUAUAUGAAUGUUCUUUUAAAAAAUUUAAAAUUAUUUCAAACAAAAAUGGAUAUGGAAAUUAUUUUUAUUAUUAUGAUAUUGAAAAUAUUUGUAAAAAUGCUAAUAUCUUAAAUUUUGAAGGAUCUAACUAUUUCAUUGCAAACAUAUAUGAUAUAUUAGUACACGAAGAUUACCAUAAUGAUAUAAUAAAGAGCCGAUAUUCAAAUAAAGGUAACAGUGAUAAUAUUAAAGAUAAAAAUAAAAUAAAAGAAUUAAAUGAUAGUUUAAAGGAAUUAAAUAAUAUUAGUAUUGAUGAUAUGGAUAGAGAAACGCAAGAAAGGAUAAAACGUUUUUUGAAAAACAAUAACAGUCAAACUGAAAAAAAAUCUGCUAUAAAAAGGGCAAAACCUUUUAGAUAUGAUGAUCAUUUUAUACAUAAGAAAAAAAAAGAAUACUUAAAUUUUUAUGCUGAUGAAAGAACACAUUUUAAUUAUGCAUGCCAAUGGUUUAUGUUUUCAAUUGUUUUUUCAACCAUAUCUAUAUUUAAAUUUAUUCAGUUUAAAAGAUGGAUAUUUUAG